AUGGCGGCCGACGCAACGGUCAACGCUGUUAAGAUGGGUCUGGUCCAUAGUGAAGCUUUAAACUUCAAGAAUUCAAGCGCGAACAAGACGCCUAUCGGCUCCGGAAAGAAAAGAGAAACGCUGUCCGGAACGGCUAUUAUGUUCCACGAAGCGCUGCUACACACACAUGACGAAAGCCAGAAGGGUGAUGCCUACGACGAGCAACCGAAGCGGGAUUCGAUGUUUACAGGCGAAGACAAGCCAAAAGAGGGCCACCCUGUACGCAAAAACAAAGUGAUACCCAGGGGAUCCAGACCGAUUGCAGUCAUCAUCCCCGAACGAAGAUCCAGUUCAACACAGCAAGAAAGUUCACCCGACAGCAUCAUAAAAAUCGCAGCAGAGAAGGACGGAGAAGAUGAAGAGGAGGAAGAAGAAGAAGAAGAGCGCGGCCGAUCACGAUCCCGCUACACACCAGGAGACGCAACAAAAAGAGGACAACAAACCACAAUCGAAAUCUUCCAACCCCCACCACCACGCCACAAUACCACCACAACCACCACCACCUUCCCAAUUCCAGAAACCGAACCACCCCAUCGCCCAAUUUCCUUCUACGCGAUCCAAGACCUUCGAGCCGCGCGAAGUAUUCUCGACAAUGAACUCCUCCAUCACCCCCACCGUUCCGACGACUCUAUUACCACCACCAGCAACAACCCCGACAUCACGACCCACUUUCAAAACCCGAAAUUCCAAUUCUCAUCAUCAUCACCACAUGAUCGACCGAAUUGGUCGCAGAAAUCUGAAGCCGGAUCGAGUGUGCGUCGUACUCUCUUCUCAUCAUCAUCAGAUCGAAGACCAGUGAAGAAAGAUUCGCGAUCGAAUUUGGAGAAAGAUGCUGCUGCUACACGCCAGCGCAGCAAGUUUUCGGGAGGAGGAGGAGGAGGAGGGGGAGGAGAGCAUUUGAUUGCUGAUGCUGUGAAGAUUAUUCAGAGGCAGGAGAGGUUGAAGAAGAGGCAGAGUGUGAUGGGGUUUUUUAAGAGGUUAUAG